AUGUGCUGUGAGAUAUCAGAAGGGAUACCGAACAAAAAGAAACGCAUUCUUCCAAGUCUAGGCAAAACACCAAAAACCGAAGAGAAAAAGGUGGAAGUGGCGGAAAAAAUCGAUAUUUACUAUUUUGAUCACGGGAACUCUGCGUAUUAUCGAACAACGGAUUCACCACCGAUAUUAGCGACGGAGAAAUGCGCCGAGAAAACUGAUCAGGCAGCGACGCGUUUCUGGGCCGAGAUAUUCGGGACUGUUCACAUCGGAACCGCUUUCGUCACAGCGUUUAUACUACAAUUAGUUCGAUUUAUACUUUACAGCAUAAUCAGACCACUGACAGUGGGCAUUCUGCAAUUGUUAGCGGACUAUUUUAUAAAACCUCUAUUAUCGAUUGUGUUCAAUGCCCUUAUACAACCUGUACUGAUAUUGUUGUACAAUAUCGCAACAUCUUUCAAGGAUCUUUGCGAGCCUAUCGCAGAGGCGAUGGGCCUGUUUCUACGACAUAUUGCUCAUUUGUGCGCAGCGAUUAGGAUUGUUGAAGUCAAACAGAGCACUGCUCCCUCGGUUGCUUGCACUUGAUGAAUGCUUUUUGUUUUUUUGUUUUUUUUGCAAGAGAAUGAUCACUUGUGUCAGCGAUGAACAGAGGAAUACGCUUUGUCGAAGGGAACGAGGUACAAGAAUCAUAACUGUUUGUUUUUUUUUUCCCUGAUUUUGUAAAAAAAAUAGCACCAUAUAGAUGUCGACUUAAGUUACCUCAGAAUAGCUGUUUCGAAAGCUACCUUUUAACCUCUACCUCUUAACACUAUAUCUCUUGUUUAUCGUUUUAAGGUUCAGAGGUAUGAAAAAAGGGACAGCCUACUCUAUCUACAUGAUUUUCACUUUGUGUUGACAUUGAGAAGCGAAUGAACUGAAGUAUGAUUAAAACUGAAUUGUAAUCAAACACAGAUAUUAAUUUUAACCUUUCAAGG